AUGGGAGUUAACCUCUUCUCAACAGUUCUGGCGCUGUUGGCUGCCUUUAUCUUCCUUGCUAAUGUCAUGGUCUUCUGUACUACCAAACGAAAGGGGGUGACCUGGAUCUUCGUUACCAGCUUAGCGACGUCGGAUAUCCUGAUGGCAAUCCUGGUGCUUCCUUUUCAGAUCACCGAACCAUGGGCCAUCUUCGGCAGCGGAGAUCUAAUUUGCAAGAUUCACGGCGCAGUAACGACAAUAUCAGUACGAUCCUCCAUGUUCACAGUCCUGCUGAUCUCUGCUGAUAGAUAUGUGGCUGUCAGGUGGCCGCACAGUUACAGAUGUAUGAGAAAUAACUGGACAGGCCCAGUAAUGGCGGUUGUGAUGAUCUGGCUGUACUCGUUAGGAGCGAGUGUGUUCAUUGUGGCUACUACUGACCAGUACACUUACAACCCUCACAAUAAGGUAUGCAGUCAGAUUUUCAAGAGUGCCUAUGAAAACAGGAGCUCUUUUGACCUCUGUGUUAUGGUUUACAGGGAGAUAGAACUGCCAGCUGUGACCAUCUCAGUAGCUGUGUUUGCUGCACUAAUCAUCUACAAGAUCUACAGUCUCAAGAGAAUCCUAGAGAACUCUAAAUCGACAGGACUCCAGGGCAGGAAAGUAGUUCUAGCUGACAGGCCCAUGGACCGUCACGUGACGAACACACUUGUGGUCAUUGCGGUCUUUUACACGAUCUGUUUUAUUCCUCUCUGCUUGUACAACACAGCCCAUUUAAUCAAGCCGGUUCAGGAGCGAAUUAGCAGGAAACAGGAUCUUCUGUUUGGUCAGAUCACCUACAUUAUAAUGUGCCUUAAUAGUUGUAUCAACCCUUCGGUGGUCCUGGUAAGAACUAAAGGAGCUCUUAAGGGGAUCAAGGAGAAAAUAGGUAUGGAUUUCUGA